CUAGCAUUGCAUUGCUUGCUGGAACACAUUCUUUUUGUUUAGUUUAAAGGAACUUGCUUUGUUCCCUCUACAAAUCUGUCCCUUCACAGUUCACACACCCAUUUAUACACAAAACUACUUGCUGUUGCUGGAUUUAUAUACACAGAUAGAUAGAGUUUAGAUUUGGCCUAUUCAGUUCUUCAACUAACAAAAAAGUAUAUAUUUAACAAAACAAAUAUGGGUUCUAUAAGGGGAGGAAAGGCUAGGGUAUAGUCUUGUAGAUAUGGCAUGAUUAUUACUUGGUAGUUCAUCUGUUUUCCAAUGAUUGAGUUGUCUUACCUUAAAUUUGGCUGCAAUAGUGAAGUUGAGUACUCUAGUGAUCCUGAGUCUUCAAGAUGAAGAAUGGCGAUACCAUUAACAUGAUCAACCAUCAAAAUAGUUGGUUAGGUUUCUCCCUCUCCCCACAAAUGAAUAUAGGUCUUCCUUCACACCCUCAUCAGACACAACUUUCAGCUGCUGCUGUUGCUGAAAUAGUUCCACCAAACUUUUACCACCAAACACCUCUUCAUAACUAUGGCCUUUACUAUGGACUCGAAGGAGAACAUGUUGGAAUGUGCUCAUCCUUGCCUAUCACGCCCCUUAAAUCCAAUCCCUCGCUCUAUGGAGUAGAAGCUCUAAGUAGAUCACAAGCACAAGCAAUGCAUCUCAGCUUAGAUAGUAUGCUUUGCAACCAACUGUCGUGGAAUGGACUAAACAAUCCAAGUAACCUAAAUCACGUACAACAGAAUAUCAGCCAGCAACAACUCUCAUACUACUCUACCUUAAGAAACCAUGAUGUGAUUUUAGAAGGGUCCAAACACCAGCUCUCAAAUAUAGCUGAGGAUGAAAUUUCUGGUCUGAAGAGUUGGUACUCAAGGGACUUUCCGACGAGCCAUGCACAGGAGUCAAGGAUUGUUCCUGUGGAGCAUAAUGGAGGUGAAUCUGGAUCCAUUGAAUCAAUGGCAUAUGGGGAUUUACAUUCAUUGAACUUGUCUGUGAGUUCUACCUCACAAUCAAGCUGUGUUACAAGUUCAUAUGCCCACACUGAUACAAAGAAAAGGGGGCUUGAAAUGAUGGACCAAAAUCAGAAGCAAAUAGUUCAUAGGAAAUCCAUAGAUACCUUUGGUCAAAGAACUUCUCAAUAUAGGGGUGUAACAAGGCAUAGGUGGACUGGUAGAUAUGAAGCUCAUCUAUGGGACAACAGCUGCAAGAAAGAGGGGCAAGGCAGGAAAGGAAGGCAAGUUUAUCUAGGGGGUUAUGAUGUGGAGGAAAAAGCUGCAAGAGCUUAUGAUAUGGCCGCACUCAAGUAUUGGGGACCCUCCUCUCAUAUAAAUUUUCCAUUGGAAAAUUAUCAAAAAGAACUUGAGGAAAUGAAGAACAUGACUAGACAAGAAUAUGUUGCUCAUUUACGAAGGAAAAGCAGUGGAUUCUCAAGAGGGGCUUCCAUAUACAGAGGAGUAACAAGGCACCAUCAACAUGGAAGGUGGCAAGCUCGAAUUGGCAGAGUGGCUGGAAACAAAGAUCUAUAUCUUGGAACUUUCAGUACCCAAGAGGAAGCAGCUGAAGCCUACGACAUUGCUGCUAUAAAAUUCCGUGGAGUUAAUGCUGUUACUAACUUUGAUAUAACAAGAUAUGACGUAGAAAAAAUUAUGGCAAGCAAUAACCUUCUUAGCAGUGAACAAGCCAAGAGGAACAAAGAGAUGGAGGAUGAAACUAGAAACGAGGCUAUUGUUAAUCAAAAACCUUCUACAUAUGAGCAAACCGAAGAAAGCGUUCUAAUGCAGAAAAGUUGUGAAAGCCAAUCAGAGUGGAAGAUGGUUCUCUAUAGAUCCUCCCAACAACAGUAUGAUCACAAUAUUCUACCAAGAAUUGAGAGUUGUAGAACGCAACCCUUUUCAAUGGCUUUUGGUGACAUAUUUCAUCAAGAAGUAGAGGAAUUGAGUAACAUGGGAACACACUUGUCAAAUCCUUCUUCUAUGGUGACAAGCUUGAGUAGCUCAAGAGAAGAGAGCCCAGAUAAGACAAGCAUGCCAAUGCUCUUUGGAAUGCCUUCAACAGUGUCUAAAUUGUUGACUAACACUCCAACAAGUAACGUGGAUUCUUGGGAUCUAUCUUCCAAUCACAGGCCUGCGCUUUCUUUGCCUCAGAUGCCAAUUUUUGCUGCUUGGACUGAUGCAUAAUCAUAUCCUAUGUUAGUUUCCUCUAUCAAAAUGGCAGAAGCUUGUUUUGCAUGCAUGUUAACUGUUACAUUAAACAUUUUGCUCGUACGAUGAGAACAAACUCCUAAGAUUUAUAUCCUAGUCAAUUCGCGUAUCAUCAAUUUAUCUGUGUUAGAAUCUUGUUAUCUAAAAGUAAUUUGAACCUUAACUAAUUCUAAUCAUGUUAAGUUAUUUGUAUAAAUUUUU